GUUACUACCAGUACUAAAAAUAUCAGUGCAUACUGAGGGCCAAAUACACAACUGGACGCAAACGUGCCUUCCGCCGACGCGCGUACAAACGCCCCGCAUCUCAAAUCAACAGCAAUGGAGGAACAACUACUUAUAGGAUCCAAUCAUAGAUGAGGGGCAUGCACCACGCGCUCCGCGGCGUGGUGUUGCUGCUGGCAUGCUUUGCCAGCAACCUCCCCCCCGCCACAGCCCGCUACCAGGCGAAGCCCCCGCCCGAGUUCUGCGACCAGUAUGAGGCGGUCUACAAAUCCAUCGACCAGGACUUGGAGCUGUAUCGUAACAAUGGGGGCAUCACGCCGGAGCUCAUGGCGCGCACAAUGUCCCUACACACUGCCGGCAACCGCGAGAAGGGCCUGGCCGUGGGCUUCUACAACGGCCGCGUGUACGUCAUCGACACCGUCCGCCGCAUGAAGCUCAAGCCCUUUGGCCACCAUGUGACGCUGUGGACGGCCUACCUCAAAGUGAUGCUGGACCUGCAGCAGCGCUUCGGCGCACACCUGCCCAACGCCGAGUUCGUGUGGCACACCAUUGACCGGCCCGUGCGCCUCACCAACGCCAGCGCCGGCGCGCGCGACAACUACCCGGUGUUCCGCUUCGGCAAGAGCGCGGCGCACCCAGACAUCCUCAUCCCCAACUUCCACUUCUACAUGAAGGCCUACCAGCGCAAGUUCCUGGACAAAAUAAAAGCCUUCAACCGCGACACGCCCUGGCCCGACCGCGCGCCGCUGGCCGUGGCCCGCUUCUCCGCCUACGGCCGCUACGUGCACCCGCGCGACCCGCACUGCCAGCGCCUGGGCGCGGGCGGCGCGGCGCUGUGCAAGGUGACGGGCCGCUCCACCGCCAUCUGCCCCGUGCGGCAGCACCUGCACGAGUGGGCCAACGCGCACCACAGGGACCGGCUGGACGUGAGCAAGGACCGGCUGAUGCCCAUGGACCACCACGCCCGCUACAAGUACCUGCUGCACGUGGACGGACAGGGCCUGUCCUCCAAGCUGGAGUUCCUGCUCACCAUGGGCAGCCUGGUGCUCAAGGAGGACAGCGGAUACAGGGCCUACUACCACCACCUGCUGGAGCCCGGGGUGCACUUCCUGCCUGUGUGGAAGAACGGGGCGGGGCCGGAGGACAUCUUGGAGGCGGUGGACUGGGCGCGGCAGCACGACCAGCAGGCGCACCGCAUAGCGCUGGCGGGCCAGCAGCUGGCGGCUCGCUACCUGACCUCGGAGGCGCGCGCCUGCUUCUGGCUGCGUCUGUUCCAGGCCUACGCCGCCACCCUGACCUACGACCCCGUGCAGUACAGGAACAUUACAUUCUCGGCUGAGGGCGAGCGGGAGGGCCGGGGCGAGGAGGCGGUGGCAGCCGCCGGGCUGCGCUUCCUCAAGCCCGUGGCUCGCUUCAUUGAGGAGGACGUGGCGACCACCUUCCCGCUGCUGCUGUCGGAGCUGGAAUGGGAGCCGUGAUGAGGCAUGAGAAAGGGUAGAAGAAGUUGAGACGAGAGGAAGGAGGGGGGACAGGAGGGAUGAAGUGGACAUUAAGCAACCGCUGGCAGCAGGUUACCGCAUGGUCUUAGGGCUUCAAGCUGAUUGCCGAACAGAUUCGAGGCUGAUUUGCUUUAUGUAUUCGGAAAAAGUCGUAAACAUGCAACCAACGCUGGCUCUUGUCACGAGCUCUGGAACGGUUUCAUACUUUUUCAUUCGGGCCGAGGUGUAAGAACAAUCUCCU